GCGAUCAAUAUUAAGUCAUGAGUCAUAAAAUUUUAUGAAACGAUAAAUCUGUAUUCUGUAUGUCGAGUAUGUAUACACAAUAUGUACAAUCGUAAUAUAAAAGUACCAUGAAUCGGUGUAUUACUGUUUGUCACUAACAAACCCAUUCUUCGUUAAUCAACUCAACACCUCUGUUAUACCGACAAUUCCAAGGAAUUCAAGAAAGGUAAGUAAAACUGUAUUGAUCGCGGGAUACGCAUGCGUAUGCGCUAAUAGGAUCACAUGGAGAGGCAAUGCAAGUCGAAUAAACCAUCCAGUGCAAGCAACUGUGCUCUACGUUUCGUAUAUACGUCUCUAAAGUUAAGUAGUCGCGGUUCAGAGAACUGUUCGUGAUCAGACACGUGUUUCCAAGUGAUCGUAAGGAGAAUCAGAUUGGAUCAGGAAAUUUAAUCCGUCCACUUCUUCGAACGAAGAUGGUGGAUGUAACGACGGCUCCAUCCACCGGUGGAGUAUCACUAAUUGGACGCACCAGAGGUGCACUCAGAUCUGUCAAGUCUGCAUUAGGAGGAAGUGGAGAAUAUCUUCAGGGUUUGGGUAGCAGAAUAGGAUCUGUUCUGAGUAGCAGUUUAGAAGAAAGUGAAUUGACCACGACGCCGUCGACACCACCCUCUUCGCCACAAGCACCACCUCAGACUACCAAACCGGAAGAAGAACAAUUUGCUAGAAGGAAAUUAAGGCUUCCGAAAUUUGGAGCAGGUUUAUCGUAUGAAGAUUACGAAGCGAUAGCAAGGCAUAAACUAGAGCGCCAAGGUAGCACUAAUACUUCAAGGUGCAUGAGAAAAUAUCCUCCGGGUAUGACCUAUGAGGAAAUAGCUUCGUCGAGAUCGGCUGGAAUUAAAAGACAAGAAAGUAAAAUCGAGGAAGAUGACAGCCCUGACAGAGACAGUCAAGAAAGUAUAGAACCUCUUCAGGAAAAAGAUCUUAAAGCUACAGGACCUGAUCCCUUUGAUAAAUUGAAUUAUAGAACAGCAAGGGCCCCGACCCGCUAUCAGACGGUCGUUUUUCGUUUAGAAAUGCCUAGCAGCGAUUCGACGAGCGAUCAAGAUGGAUACGGACCCAGCACAAGUUUAGAUUCGAACAUGGAUGGUCGUAAAUUAUGGCAUAGAUCAGAUUCAUCGGGAUCCGUUCAAUCUUGGGCUUCCAGUUUAUCAGCAGAUAGUCAAUCCGAAGAGGCUGCUGCAGAUUUUAUGAAGUCCUUUGUACCUCUUUUAUUCGAUGCUCCGAAUACUAUUGAUCAGGAACAGAAAGCAAACUUCGGUCAAAUGGUUCUUACAGAAUCCGGUAGAAUAUGGUUCUCCAGAGUGGUGAAUACAAGGAGAGCACGGCCUUGUGUAACAGAAGCAUCUUUCUAUUCUUUGGCGCAACACUUUGCAGUCGCGCUUUUCGAAUGUCACGAAGCAGAUGAUUUUGCUCCUGCCAAAAGUCUCAUGAAUAUGUGUUUCACUUUUUACCACGAAGUCGAAGUACCAGGAUUAGAGCCAUAUAGAGAAUAUUUAUACACACAUUUACGAAUACAACCGAUAUGGACAUCAAUGAGAUUUUGGACAGCAGCUUUCUUUGAUGCGGUACAAUGCGAAAGAGCUUCAAGGCCAGUUCCUCCCAGACCUAAAUCUUUGGAUCAAGAGGCUAAUGCUGCUGAGGAUCGAAAGUUUCAAGCCAAUAUUGUUUUUGGACAAUUAGGGACUUUCACGUGUAACAUGCACGCGUUUGGCCUAUCACGUACUCUGUGCCUAGAAUUUCUUAGGAAACAAUGUGUAAUUGCAAAUCUGACGAAAGAUCAAGAAAAAAUGUUGCGCGACAACAUAGAGAGAAUGUAUGACGAAACCGAACCCUGGCGGUAGUUUCGCUUAUCAUAAAUCCAACGAUUCAUGGAAAUAUUUUGUUAAAAAGUUAUAAAUUUACCGAAUUAGAAUUCGCAAAAUUGUUGCGAAUUUGUCAAUUAAAAUAUCAAGUUCAGUGAAGUAUGAAAAGAGAAAGAGUCAAUUUUAUUGAACAACAAACAUUGAAAUAAACAUGGUUGUGACACCAUUUGGUAAUUGAGUUAAAUAAUAUAAAUUGAGGAUAAUGAAUUUAAGAUGAAAACUGUUCCUAUUUGAUUAAACAAGUUUAUACAAAUCGAAAAUGAAAAUCACUAUCAAAUUAUAUCAAAACGUUAAAUUAUGAUUUGUUGUAAUUCAAGUAAUUUAUUACAUUCGAACUUUCAUCAUUAAAAUUCUAUUCGUAAUUUUAUUUUUCGAAAUUAAAUUUACGAAUUUCUCAAUUUAAUUCGGAUAAUAUAUAGAGAUUUUAUAAAUUCGAGAAUUAUAUUUCUACAUUAAUAUCGAAAUGAAAAAGAUUGUUGAAUUUGCUUAAUUUAUUUACGAAAAUUUCAUGUCGAAAUCGAAUUUAAAUUAUAAGGAUAAACGGACAAUAAAUUUCAUAAAACAAAUUCGUGUGAUAUUGGCAAUCGGUUUUCAGCGGUAACUGAAGCCUACUAUUUAAUAUAUAUUUCUGUACACGAUGAAAAUAAAUUUUCUGAACGUUAAAAAUGAUUG